UGCAUCUCUAGUGCUCAAUAUUUAUAAAAAAAAUUUAAUUUGUUUAUACAUGUAAAUUGAAUCUCUACUAUGAUUAAAGCUAUACUUGUGUUUAAUAAUCAUGGAAAGCCUCGAUUAUCGAAAUUCUAUCAAUAUUUUGAUGAAAGCCUUCAACAACAAAUCAUCAAAGAGACGUUUCAACUGGUUUCGAAGCGCGAUGAUAACGUCUGCAAUUUUCUGGAAGGCGGCAGCUUGAUUGGUGGAUCGGAUUACAAGUUAAUAUAUCGUCAUUAUGCCACAUUGUACUUUGUGUUCUGUGUUGACUCGUCAGAAAGUGAGUUAGGCAUUCUGGACUUGAUUCAAGUGUUCGUCGAAACAUUGGACAAGUGUUUUGAGAAUGUUUGCGAGUUGGAUCUAAUUUUUCAUGCCGAUGCCGUUCAUCACAUCCUCUCCGAACUGGUAAUGGGUGGCAUGGUGCUGCAGACCAACAUGAAUGAUAUCAUGGCCCGCAUUGAGGAACAGAAUAAGUUAGUUAAGCAAGAGGCUGGAAUCUCGGCGGCACCAGCGCGAGCUGUGAGCGCAGUGAAAAGUAUGAACAUUCCACAACAAAUCAAAGAUAUAAAACUGCCAGAUUUACCACAGGCUAUUAAGGACUUAAAGUUUUGACAAGUGUAUGUUAAAAUCACAACAAAAGCAUUCCAUAUUAUAGAGAUUAAUUCAAAUAUGUCAUUUAGCAGGAACACGCAUAAAAGUCUGGGGCCGCAGCAAAAGUAAUGAUGAAAUCGUUAAAGUUUAAGUACUAAUUUUAAAGAAUAUCUAAAAUACGAGCAAAAAUAAAGCCGCUUUCAAAUCAAAAAUUUGAAAAUCAAUA